CAGCCAAAGUGACCAAAGCAAAAGCCAAACCACACGGCCACAGCCCUCAUCAACACAAAGCAAAGCAGAUAUUUAGGAGUCAUCUCUCACAUUGAAUGCUUUCCUCAGUCCCUGUUUGCUGUUCUUGUGUCUUUUUCUUUUCAAUCCAACAAACCCCGUCUCGAUUCCACCGCCAUUUUUAAUUCUUUUCCCUGUCUGAUGCCAAUGCCAUAAACAAAGAGAAAAUAUAUUACCCAAAUGAUUCCAAAACUCUUCUUCAUUUUCUUCCCCAAAAUUUAUUAAACUAGAGGAAAAUAUUACGCAAAUGAUUCCAAAAACUCUGCUUCAUUUUCUUCCCCAAAAUAUAAACUAAAGAAAAAUAUUAUCCAAAAACACCAGAGUGAAUUCUAAAAUUUCUCGUAAUCGUGACUCGUAGCAGCACUCCAUAAACAAGAGGACAAGAGGACAACAACGCCUAAAGAAAUAACGCCUACAUUUCAUGGCAGCAACAGCAACAACUAAAACCACAGCAGCGAUAGCGAGUACUCAGCUCAAAUCCCAAACCCACCAACCCACCAAGCCCAAACGACGCAAGUACCGAGAAACCACCAUCUCCUCCUCCGCCGCAACCGCCACAGACUCUCCCGGAUAUCACCAGACCAGGAAACCCGACCCGCCGGCCAUUGUCUCGCCCGACCACCAUCCCUGGUGCUGCCCAGCUUCAAAGACCCCUCCACCUCCACCUCCUCCGCCGUCUCCUCCACAUACCCGAGGUACCCAGAGCCGGAACACGGAACCCAGUAACUCGUCGCCGUCCACUUCGCCGUCAAGCUUCAGGAUCCGAUUCUCUCCGGGCAGUCAAUCGCCGGUCAUGGACUUUACGCCCACUUCGACCACGAUGAUCAACGGUCACGAUUCGUUCCCGUCGAGCUUCACCAAGUUCAACUCGGCCCUCACCGCCGGGCUGUUGAACCCGAUGUCGCCGCCACCCCCACCCGAAAAAGCGACCCGAUCCAGCCCGACCCUUUUCGAAAUGAUGGCCAGCGAGCCCGAAAUCCACCAACCCAGAGGCCAGAUCGCACCCCAAAACGGCGCCGUAUUGGUCCCCAAGCCACCCCCGGACGGUCAAGCCCUCACAAUGCAGCGAAUCUCCGAGAUCCUAUUGAGUCGGAGCCCCGGAAACCAGUUCAACGACCCGACCUCGAGCGACAUCAAGCUCACACUGAGCUCCAAAGAGGGUCUCAGUGUGUCAGUGAAUCUCCACCGUCAAAUUCUCGUGGCGCACAGCAGGUUCUUCUCGGUCAAGUUGUCUGAGCGGUGGACGAAGACGCAGAGAGCAACGGGGUCGCCGUAUAUAGUGGAGAUUGCGGACUGCGACGACGUGGAGGUGUACAUCGAUACGUUGAGGUUGAUGUAUUGUAAGGAUCUGAGGAAGAGGCUCAUGAAAGAGGAUGUUCCCAGAGUUCUUGGCGUCUUAAAGGUAUCAGCAGCGAUUGGGUUUGAUGCUGGGGUGUUAUCUUGUUUGGAGUACUUAGAAGCUGCUCCUUGGGCUGAGGAUGAGGAAGAGAAGGUGGCUUCAUUGUUGUCUGAGCUCCGUCUUGAAGGUGUUGGAGCUGGGGAAGUUUUGAAAAGGGUUUCGAUUGAGGUUACUAAUGGAACUGAGGAUGGCAAUGACAAUGAAGGAGUGCUGCUUAAACUUUUGCAUGUAGUUCUUGAAGGUAAAGAUGAGAAAGCGAGGCGGGAAAUGAAGGGAUUGGUGUCGAAGAUGCUUCGUGAGAACUCGGCGCAGAGUGAUCUCCGGAAGGAGUCGUUGUACUCGGCUUGUGAUGGGUGUUUGCAAUUGCUUUGCCACCAUUUUUUGCGGGUAGCAGGGUCGGACUUACAGGAUGUGGGUCAGAUUGCGCGGCAAGCGGAUAAUUUGCAUUGGAUUUUGGAUAUUCUGAUAGAUAGGCAGAUUGCUGAAGAUUUUUUGAAAACAUGGGCAUCUCAAUCUGAAUUGUCCAGUGCACAUUCUAAAGUGGCUGCAGUUCAUAGGUUUGAGGUUAGCAGAGUUACGGCACGGCUAUUUGUUGGGAUUGGGAAGGGGCAGCUAUUGGCUUCCAAGGAUGUGAGGUGCUUGCUAUUACGGACAUGGCUAGAGCCAUUCUAUGAUGAUUUUGGGUGGAUGAGAAGGGCAUCAAAAGGCCUUGAUCGUCACCUAAUUGAAGAUGGUCUUAGUAACACAAUUCUCACUCUGCCUCUAGCUUCACAGCAGGAAAUUUUGCUAGCUUGGUUUAAUCGUUUCUUAAACUCUGGCGAAGAUUGUCCAAACAUACAAAGAGGUUUUGAAGUUUGGUGGAGGAGGGCUUUUUGGAGACGAAAUGCCGAGCAGGAAAGACAACGACCAAUAAGAAUUACAACUGCCACUGUUGAGAACUAAAACUCUAUACUUCCACAAUGUAGGAAAGGUCGGUGCCCUAAUGGCUCUGUUGUCUCCCAAUUCCCUUAUGUGAUGACCUUGGUUAUGAUCCUUCAUUGACGGUUGUAUUUUUACUUUGGCUUCUUCCUUUCUAAACCGGGAUGGGCAGUUGUUCAUCGAGGAGUGUAACUUCCAUAGAGGUGUAUCCUGUUUUUGCCUUGACUGGAAGUAGCCAGGUUUAGCCUGGAAGAAGAUAAAGGUCUCUGGAUGCGACGACCUUAUCAUGUUGAGAAGUAAACUGAGUAAAUUGGUGAUUUGAUGUUUAAAAUCAAUUCUUUCUUUUUUUCUCUCC